GAAGCAGUGGUUAGAUGGUGAGAUAUACGGCUCUCCCGCUCUGCUCCUAUCGGUGCAUUUACAUGAUUUAUCGAGGAGGAGGCUCAGAUAAGCAGCUGAUUGUAUCUGUCUGUCUUGUGAACCUGAGUCUGAAGUCCAGCCGUGACGAGACAACACACAAUCACACACAAACUAUCAGGCAUUUCAGUCAGCGCUGCGCCAGCUCCUCUAGUCCUUAAUACACAGUGGGGUUAAGGCAUUCUUCUACAGAGACAUUCCUGAUACAUGUGGCCCCAUACCAGAGUAAAAAGAUGAAGUCCUUGUGGUUGGUGGCAGUCCUGCAGCUCAUGUUUGAUGUAAAUGGAGUCGACAUGGAGCAUCUCAAAGCAGACAACCUGAAAAUGCUUCCUCCAGAACAACACAAUCAGGUGUUAAAUCAAGGCAUGAAAGUGUUGCCUAGAGACUGCCACGAGAUGCUCCUGACUUCUUCGGGGAGGGCCAGAGAUGGAGUGUACCUCAUUCAGCCCAGGGACGCUCCCAUUGUGGCCUAUUGCGCCAUGGAGGAGGGUGGAUGGACGGUGGUGCAGCACAUCACCGCUAACAGCAGCGUAAACUUCGACUGCACUUGGGCUGAGUACAAGCACGGGUUUGGGGACGUCACCGGGGAUCACUGGCUGGGGAAUGAAUACCUCCACCAGCUCACACAAAGCCCUGGGCGAUACAAACUAGGAAUAAAGUUAGUGGACAAAGACGCUGUCACCAAAACAGGAGAGUACGACCCAGUUCUGGUGGAAGAUGAAGCUGCAGGAUUUCGACUGAGACUGGGUCUGUUCCAGGGGACCGCUGUGGAUGCGCUGACCCUGGAUACAGAGAACUAUCUUCAUGACAACCAGAGAUUCACCACUAAGGACAGGGACAAUGACAACUACUUUCAAAACUGUGCCAAGCUGGAGUUUCAGGGCGUCGCGGGAGGGGGCUGGUGGUACGAUGCCUGUGCCGGCGCAAACCUCAACCGCAGAAAUGUGAUCUACUGGCAGAAGGACUGUAACAAGGAGCGCAUGUGCAAGUACGCCUGGAUGAUGGUGAAGCCCUCAGACACAUUCAAACUGGUGCAGGGAGCAGACUGCAGGAAGGAUGAGCUGUGAGGACAUUACAAGUGCAGCUGGUUUCAAAUC